AUGAGGGGGCGGAUGUCGAAGGGAUCAUGUCUCUCGGCGGCUCGGGACCGGCUGAGAGGAAACCUUGUGGCAGUGGCGCGUGAUGCCAACGUUGGUGCUGGGGUCGUGAGGUUGUCCGUCAAUGGGGAGAGCGCACGAUCGCCGUCAUCAGAAGUUGGCUAAAUGACGCCAGCGAGGGACAUUACCAAUGCUUGCAAUGGGAGCCAACAUCAGCGAUAACCGUCCUGGCGAAGGGCAGUAGGCUAUAGUAUCCCGAACCCGCUGCUAACUGCCCUCGGACGUGUCUAGUAUGUUGGAAUUUCUGGGAACCGAUGUGUGUGUAGUGUUUCUCAAGAGGACAGGGGGGGGAGCUGAAUCUCCUGGGGUAGACUGUCCUUCGUCUUGGACUUGUCUACUUCCUUGAAAGCAGUAAAUUAUAUCGCGCGCUGUGAGUGAGGGCACAUUCACGUUGGUGGUGUGAUUGCGACCUUUAGUUGCUGGCUUCGUCCCUGUAACUAUUGCGUACUU